UUUCAUUCCCGUUAUUUCGUCUCUAUUUUCGGCCGUCGAUGAAUUGUUCACGGUAAGGCGUUUCUAACAUCAUUCUGGAAUAAAGGGAUUAUUGCAUCCUAGUCAAUGGUCGUAUCGGCGUCGAAUACAUACAGUGAUCUCUAUUCUCUCCAAACAUCACAGUUGCCGGACUUCAUCCCUUCAUGCCCCUAGUUGUUUUUCGACUUUACUUCGGCAACACGAUUUUACCUACGACUCCUAGUGUUCAUCAUGACGAGAACGCAAUGCCACUACGGGUCGGCAGAGCCAACACGGACGGUGGACGAUGGCGAUACCGACACCUCCACUACUUCUACUCCGACUAGACUCAAUUCGGAGUCAGCGCCCGACGGGAGUGAGGCUACGCUAGCAAACCGUCGGCGAGCGACGAUUCGCGAACGCGACUCUACCUAUCUAUGGAGCUCCUUGGCAGCCGGAGCCGGUAGCGGCGCUGUGGCCAGUGUGAUCUGUGCACCACUCGAUUUACUGCGUACCCGCCUCCAGGUGUGGGGAGAUGUGCACGCAAAGACCGAUAGCGGUCAGAUGUCGAUUGUACGCAUGAUACGAGAGAUGAUUGCCAAAGAAGGAUACCGCGGGUGUUUUCGCGGACUGGGAGCCACAUUGGUCACCGUGCCAGCUUUUUGGGGAGUCUAUUUCCCUCUAUAUGAUGAAACGAAACGCUACUGGGCUUGUCGACAUCCCGAGCUUAAUCCAGCUCUGAUUCAUAUGGGUUCAGCCGUAUUGGCUGGAGCCGUAUCGGAUAUUAUUUGUAACCCUAUGUUUGUCGUUCGGACCAGACUCCAAACCGAAGCCUUGCACCAGCUCGACAACCACUCGAAUACAGGAAGCCGCGGUGCAAUUAAACUCAGCAUGAUCCAAACAGCCCGAGGACUGUACCAAGACGGUGGAGCGCGGAUUUUUUGGCGUGGCAUGUCGGCCAACCUUAUGGGACUUUCGCACGUGGCAGUGCAAUUUCCAGUCUACGAGAUCUUAAAGCUCAAAUUGGCCCAUACGAAGAAACAGCCGUCCGCCGUGGAUUUGUUGAUCGCCAGUGGGUUAAGCAAAAUGACAGCUUCCUUGUUGACGUAUCCCCACGAAGUGAUUCGAUCACGAAUGAUGGAUAGCCGGAGUGCCAGCGUGCGAUUCACUACCACGUGUCGGCGGAUCUACGCCAAGGAAGGUAUGAUUGGCUUUUACGCAGGUCUGCCGAUUAGCUUGAUUCGGGUCAUUCCCAAUACUUGCAUAACGUUCUUGACCUACGAAAUGUUUCUACGCUAUGCGAAAGACAAGAUCAGGAAGCAACGAGAGAACGAGCGCCUAUAA